UCUGUCGUCAAGUGCAACUGUCAAAAUAGUGAAACUAAUCGUUUUUACUACAACCUAGUGCCCUCCCACCUAGGGUCGUCUGUGUUUACCUUUGCUAGCGCGACAAGCUAUUUCUUGACAUUCAAGUUGUGUCGGUACCUGUAACCGCUAAGUCGGGAGAUCUAAAACACCCAAAAUUCCACGAAAAUAAAAUUAGAGAUUGUGCUCGUCGUGAAAAAUGGCAGCAGAAAUAAAGCCUGCGCCGCGUAAUGCCAACAAUCGUUUCAGUACGACCAAAAAGCCCGAACUGCAAAGCAAAUUGGAAGGCAGCAACGAUGACGUGAACGCUGCAAUUCUGAUUCCCGGCGAGAAUGGAGUGAUAUCCGUGUCGGACGACAAAACGGUGCGUGUGUGGCUGAAGCGUGACUCAGGCCAGUACUGGCCGAGUAUUUGUCAAUACAUGCCGUCCGGCUGUACGUCCUUGACCUACACCGAGGAGACACGCCAACUAUUCAUCGGCCAGGAGAAUGGCACGGUAUCGGAGUACACAUUGUCGGAGGAUUGCAAUAGGCUCUCGCUAAUUAGGGAUUAUUUGGCGCAUCAGGCCCGCGUCACGGAGGUGGUGCACGGGAAGCAGUACUCGUGGAUCUUGUCCGUUGGGCGGGAUAAGGUGUUCUCGUACCAUUGCACAUCGACUGGACGGAGGCUGGGCGGAUACACCUUCGAAGCGUGGUGCACUUGCUUGCAAUUUGAUGUUCUCGCCAAAUAUGCCUUCAUUGGAGAUUAUAGCGGUCAAAUAACUAUGUUACGUUUAGAUGCACAAGGUGCCACCUUCGUAACUACAUUCAAAGGACAUACUGGAUCGAUUCGGUGUUUGAAGUGGGUGGAAGCAGCUCAACUGCUGUUCAGUGGGUCGUUUGAUCAAUCGAUCAAUGUAUGGGAUGUAGGCGGUCGACGUGGAACUGUCUAUGAACUACAGGGACACAACAACAAAGUUACUGCUUUAGCUUAUGCCGAUAAUACACAACAAUUGAUCUCAGCGGGUGAAGAUUCUGUCAUUGUAUUCUGGGAAAUGAAUGCGAUGCGAAAAGAAGUUCCCGGUUGGGCAGAAUCCGAUACUUGUCAGAUUUGUGCUCGACCAUUCUUUUGGAAUAUACGUGCAAUGAUGGAUCGAAAACAAUUUGGUCUCCGACAGCAUCAUUGUCGUCAUUGUGGCAAAGCUAUUUGUGAUAACUGUUCUACGAAUCGAAUUAACAUCCCAAUCAUGGGCUUUGAGUUCGACGUGCGCGUCUGCGACCCAUGUUACAAACAGUUACAGGCAGUAGACCGACCAUCCCUAGCAUCACUUCACGAUGCCAAACAUUCAAUAGUUUCGAUGGAUUUCGAUGAGAGACGAAAGCGACUCUUGACAGUUGGCCAGGAUCGCAUUAUUAAGAUAUGGGAUCUGUCAUCGAUUUGGGCCUAAUAUUCAAUCCCCGAUGUUGAUAUACCAGACGAACAGCAGCACCGGCAACAGCAUAACUUUAAUCGUUCACUAUCAUCGUCAUCAACAGCAACAAAUCAAUCAUGUCCGAAUGAUGCACUUCUAGAAUUUCCAUUUGUUAAUUAUUAUAAGAACAGUAAUCGUAGGGGUUCGUUCGAUUGAGAAAAAGACAUAAGAAAUUUGAAAAGGGAAACUAUACCGAAAGUAGGAAGCUAGAAAAGAAAUAUCGUAUGGUUCAAGGAAAAAACCCCGUUGCAUAAUCACAAUGUGUUAUUGCUUUUAUCGUUACAUAUUCUACCACGUGUUUAUGUUAUCGUUUCGUUUUCUCUGUUUUAAAGUGGUUUGUUUUCUCCAAAACGCAGUCGUCUUCACAUACUCAACCUUUGUAUGCAUACCUACUACAUAUUUACAUUUAGGAAUCGACUGAAAAGUUAUUAUCAUACCAGUUCGUUAUUUAAUCAUGCGUUUAUUGAUAUUUUCAAUGGGAAAUGUACACCAAUUCGAGCGUCCUCGUGCGAUCGAGACUAUAUCAAUUGAAGAUUUGUUCCUUAGAAUGUCUUUCUUGUGUUCCUGUUUCGUCAUCCACAUCCACCUUCAUUCAUGCUCGGCUAAUUUAAUGAGACUGUCAUGUGUUAUUGAAUCAAAUAUUAUUACUACACUGUACCACAUGAAUAUGACAUGAGGAGAGAAGCAGAAAAAUACAAUUAUAUUUCUAUAUACAUACUUUAUGGACAUAGUAAUAUUUAGGGAAUUUUUAGUGAUUUAUAAAUAUAAAUAAAAAAAAAUUAGAAAAGCCAUAACAGAGGAGUAGAAAAAGAAAGAAAAUAAUAAAAAUUCGAAAAAUGUGUGCUGGAAAUUAAAUGAUUAAAUGAAAAUUAUAAAUAUUCUAUCAUGUUGUGAUUUGUGUGAUGGUAAAGUGGUGAAACGUUAGGAAAGUUGCAUUUGGUUCUCUUUGUCUUUAUUUUCGUUGGCAAAAACAUAAUACAGUAGAAAAUGAGGAUUCAAUCCGAGACUAAUGUCUUUUUUUCGAUAAUGUGCAUGGCAUUUCUUUGGAAAAAAAAAAUAUUUAUUAGAAAAUAUAAUGAAAAAUAUGCUUGGAAAUAUCAAUAGAAUUUUAUAUGAUACGAGAAAUAUGAAAUUGUAAUGAUCUAAAAGAAAACUAUGAAUGUUAAUAUUGAUGCAAAUAUAAUUAUAAUACUUAUUCUGAAA